GCAAGUUUAACCCGCUACCACGCAAAGCGGUUGACAUCUAAAAUUUAUUAAUACAAAGCCGGGAUACACAACAGCUGCAUAUUGCAAUGCAUGCAACCGGGAGCUAUGGCUCAUGAGCCAGCCAGUCGCCGCGCGUCGCUUGCACAGAGCGAACGCGUUCCGUAUAUCGGUGUUUGUCUAUGCCAGACGCCGUGAAUUUUAAAAAUCGAACGAUUACUUAUUUGACCGCGAAUUGUUAAAUUUAAUGCAAACAAAGUUUCUUUUGUUAGUAAACAGUGAAUUUCGUAUGGAUGUUUAUUUUUGUACGUUGAUUAUGUAGUUUCCACUUUCGUUCCGUGUGAAAAUAAACUCGCCUAUGGUUUUUUGAUCGUACGUGUGUUUUGCUUGGUGUUGUGAACCGAAGUGUUGAGUUGUGCCAGUGAUGUGAGUGAACAUCGAUAUCAACAUGUUUGGUGUUUUUAUAAAAGGUGGAGGCCGAAAAGAAUAUCAAACAAUGAACGAGACGAGAGCCCAGGAACAGACGGGAACGCUUCCCCGGAACCGCCCGACCGUCCCCCUGGGAAACCCCGGCAAAUCCACCCCGAAGAAAAAACACAAGUGCUUUACGAUACGUCCUAUCGUAAGAAAAACAAGCCCAAAUCUUUGCCACUAGAAGAAAACCAUUACAAUCAUCUAGCUAAUACGAAUGUGGCGAUGUCUCCAAUGUACCCUUUGACGCCGAACAUUUGUGUUGAGGGUGGGAAGAUUGAGUUCAUAAAAUCUCCGCCAGGCAGCGCUCGGAACAGCGUGGCGCUAGCGUCGCCUCCGCAAACACCGCUGCUCGCUCGCCGGGGCUCACGGGAGAAACGCGAAGUUCGUAUCUACGAUGAGCCGACUGAGAAGUUCGAUGGAGAUAAGGAACUUUUGGAAAAGCGUAUUAAGCAAUUAGAAGCGCAACUCGAAGAAGAGAAGAGAAGGACGCAGCGCGAACGGAUGACCGUCACCAAACUACAGAACAAACUUAUUAAGCGCGAGGGAGCGGCGCGCAGCGAUGCCGAGCGGGAGCGACGCGCGCGCGGCGACUGGGAGGCGAGGGCGCGCGCCGCCGACGCUGAUGCUGCGCGCCUCGCCGCCAAGCUGCACGCUGCGCAGCGGGAGAUUACCAGGAUGGAAGACACUGUCCGAUCGCUGCUGCAGUACAAGAGUCGCGUGGAAACUUUGAAACAGGAGAAGGCGUCUUUAUCUUCCGCCCUGGAGGCAUCAGCGGCCCACUACCAGAGCCAGUUGGCGACGCUGACUGCCGAGAACGAGCGGCUGCGCGGCCAGCUGUCGGCGCUGUCGGCGGGGCUCGGCGGCGACCACGAGAGGAAACUCGACGAUGUCGCGCACCAGGUCGUUAGAGCAUUGCUCUCGCAGAAGAGCAUACGCGAGGAGUUGGGAUGCGCACGCGCACGUGUCCGCGAGCUGGAGGCGCAGAACCGCGCGCUGAGCGCGUUGCUCGUGAGGCAGCUGAGGCCGCAGCCUAGACCCUCGCCAGCGACGCCUCACACCCCUCUCACACCGCUUACUCCUAGGGACUUACAAGUGCACUUGGUAGAUGUGGGUUCGUGCGGGUCCUUAGUCUCGUUCAGGGACUCCCCGCCACCCGCGCCGCCGGUGCCCCACCCGCACCCCCUCAGCCACGACGACAAGCGACGGCACCAGAUCCUGGCUGACAUUUGGACUGAACUGAAGGGUCUUGAAGUGACCCCAGCGAAUCUGGCGCGUGCCUUGUCGGCAGUUGACCCCACAUUGUGGGCACCUCCACCGAGACCAGCAACAUUAAGCCUCAGCAUGCCGCAGCCACGAAGCGAUCCCGUCCGGGGGGCGAGUGAAGAGAAAGUGACAGAAGAAGAAAGCGGAGAAGCAUGCGAAGCUGGUGCUGAAUCUCCCGAAAGCGGUGCCAAAGACGAAGGCUACUCCACUAUGUCGAGCGACGUCCAAGCGGAUGCGUCAAGGCAAAGUGACCACGCUGCAGACAGAGCCUUACCCGACCUCAACGAGGCUUCGGACGAAACUGACAACCAAACCAUUGUCUCAAUAAACCCCAGAGACUCUAGGAGACACGCCAGAUUAUUAGAAGCGGACUACAUAUAUUUUCCAUUAGGUGUUACGUUUGCUGGCGUCAGAGGUAGCUAUCCACCAUCAAGACCGGUGCUGCCAUUUCAACAUGUCGUUCGAAGCUUCUCAGAUUCACAUUUGUGUCUGAAAUUUAUAGCCGGAACCACUUGUCCCACUAGUUGCCUCGAUAGUCCUACGCCAAGUUCAGGAGUUUUAGUAUUGGAUUUAAAACCUGCUCCAGAAAGACCUUUGAGAAGACCGGCUUUAGCUUCCACUACUAGUUCGGAGAGAGUUUCAUGGGGAAGUACAGUUGACGAGAAAGCGGACGGGUCGCAGUAUGAUGCUGAUUACGUCCAGCAUUGGUUAGAAUUGGAUGACGCAAGAUCGGCACUCCAACAGCGGCAUAGGGAUUUAGCAGAUUUAGAAUACGAUAGAGCAGAAUUAGAGGAUUGGAGUCUGUCAUUAUCAUGCGAAGAUUUGAGAGACAGACAAUCUCCAUUUGCCGAAAUUACUACACCAGGCCAAAUAUCUCUAUCUACAUUGCCAAGCAUAAGGGAAGAUGACGCGUUAGAGUUAGAAGAAGAUGUGGGUGACUGUUUAUGGAAUGAUUGUGGUUUUGCGACCGUGGAAGUGGAUGAGUGUAAAAUUGACGAUCAGGAUUCGCACGACAAAAGGUGGGACUGCACCGGAACACAUUCACCCGGUGGAUCUUGGUCAAGUGCUUCGGAUGCCCCUGACAAGAGAUCCAGUACUGCGCUAAGUGAAGAUGGUGACUGCGCAAAUGUUGGCUUAGAUUUUACGCGAGAUUUCUAUCGUCUCGUCAAAUAUGAAAGCACAAAGAGCUUAGCAUCAAAUUCGUCCAGAGGUAUACCAUCGCAAGAUGCGAAUAGUCAUUUAAGAAUUCACGACGUCCAAGCCAUGGCUUUACAAGACAGAGAGCAAGCGCUUCAAAACGUUCUCCAUUUUAUAGCAGAGCAGCAGAAAUAUUGCAGGGACAGGGAAGAAUCCGAUUCAAUGUCUUCGAGACCUGUGUCUGAAAUUAGAGAGUUGCCACCUCCGUAUGCUACUGCUGACUUUGACGAUGAUUCUGUCGGACCUCGAAGUGAAAUAUCUGAGGACAGAAGACCUGAUUCCUUUGGCAGUUUCUCAGAAAACGAUUCGUGUGACGUCAUUUCCGAUAGACCAAAAAUCGCGUUUUGUGAUACAGUAUCUGAAUCUAGGUCUUUGCCGAGGUUUAUUGAAAGAGAAGAUCCCUACGUUGAAUCAGAAGCCUUCUUCGAUCAGUUUUCUACAACAGAAAAUGUUGAAAACGAAACUGACGAGCACCACUUAAUUAAAGUCCAAAGAAAAAACGAAAUCAAUAAAAGUAUUGACGCUUGCAACUCGACUGAUUUGGAAGACGUAGCGAUACAAGUAAAAGAGGAAAGACCGAUUGAAAUAGAAUCUAGUCGGUGUGUCGAUCACAACUCGGCGUUAAAAGAAAACACAGUGAACAUUAUGCUCAAUAAACAAAUCGCUGAAAAAGAAGUGGAAAUCGCAAAGUCGUCCAGUUUUUCGUUUUCUAGCAACGAAACUGAGAUGUCGUUGGUCGAAGAAGUUAUGAGUGCUUGUAGAAGGGGCGCGAGUUUGCUCACCGUGCCCGAAGAAGAAGAAGGCUCCUCGCCGGAGACAAGCUCUCCGCAAAUGACUGAAUCUAACACUACAAGUACGUCAACUGCUGAAACUGUGAUAAUAAGUAAUAAGAACGAAGCACAAAAGGAAAUUAGGCCGAAGAAUGAACGAAGCCGAAUUCCUACAUUAAUGGGCAAGAGGCCUCCAUCGUCGCCAAACCGAUGUAAGUCGAAAAUUCCUGUUGCGGAUAGAAGCAAACCAGGUGGGCAAGCAAGCGCGUUGCCAGAACCAAUAAUCGUGAGACAGGAGCAUAAACUAAGCUUCCACGAGGCUGCCACUUCGAAGGAUGUCAUCGAGGAACUUAACAGGAUGAUAAGGCAGAGCGAGGUCACUCCGCCAGGGAGCGACACGAAGUCAGAGGAGCGCGGGUCAAGCGGCUCGGAGGGCUCAGGCGGUGCAGGGAGCGUGGGGGGAGUGCAGGGUGCGGCGGGGCAGCGAGACGCCGCGCUCUGGGCCCACACCGGCUGGGUGCACGUCGAGAAAGACAUCGACUUUAGUGACCCUAAGGCCCGCGCGAACCUCCUAGACGUGAUGUUGGCGUCGAGUGAUUCCUCGCCGUCGUCGUGCGGCUCCUCGCCGGCGGAGCCUCCCCCGCCCUACUCCCGCCUGCACCGCCUACACAGGUCCCGGAGGCAGAAAACUGCGGCGGCGCUGCGCUCGCGCGGGCUGGGCGCGCUGCGGCUGGCGCGAGGCCGACGCCCGUCGAUCCUCGGCCGCGAGGGGUUCUUCGUGCGCUACGGGGACUGCGAGCGCGCCGCCGUCGCCACCUUCGACUUCCUCGACGACCUCUCCGGCGGCUCAUCGCCGGACAACACCAAAGACUGUACCUAAACUUAGCAAUAAACGCGUCCCAAAAUUAUAUUUUUCUAUUGUGAUAGACUGAUGCGGCCGCCAGUCGGCCCGGUAAGUUUGCGGUUUCCUAUUUAGCUCGAUUGCGGCGCUCGUGUUGACGUAAUUUUAAGCAAGUGUUCCCAUCUUCUUUACUCAUUUAUAAUUAUUAUGCAAACGUAAUACAUUCAAAACGACUCUUUCCAUUUAGAUGUUAGUAAUUUCUUAAAAUCUGGAGUCAUAUAUACCUUCAUUCCUUGUAUGCUUAUUUUUUGUAAAUGCGUAAUAUAGGUGAAGUAGGAUUGAGUAAAGAAAACGGAAACACGAAUAUGGAUGAGAGUGCAACAAUCUACUGGCUCCGAUUCUGCUAAUUAUCCUGCUUUAAGUAAUAAACGUGUAUCUUUACAAUCCGGAUAGAGAACCGUACUAUGAACAUUUUAAGGCAUUUUGUGGAGUACGUGUUAAUGUAAGUAAAUAUAAGUUUAUUUGCAAAUCACGACAAAAAUCUCCAAUGCCUUAAUGUCUGGUCACUAUUACUUAGCAGAAUAAAGGCCUCGUAGUGUCUCGCUUAUGCGUAGUUUAGCGACGGUAAGCCAAAUAGUUUUUUUUUUAUUAUAAUUUUUUAGUGUAGCAUUGUAUCUACGAUGGCUGCACAGUCCGCAAGGCUGCAGCUUUUUAGAUCUAUUCCAGCUUCGAACGAUCCUUUCGAAUCUAGAUCUCUUAGGUGAUGUAGUACUUUCACUUUGAAUAGUAAUUCAAGGCACCUAGUCUUAACAUUCUUCCUAGAUUUCAACAGUAUAGGUGUGGGAGGGAAUUUAAUAUAAGGCAUGGAUGGUAUGUUUCGUAUAAGUCAUGUGUUUUGUCAAUAAAUUUGAAAGCAAUAAUUAAAGCAAAUCGCGCUCAAAUCAUGCUAUAAAUGAAUUGCGCUUAACGCUUUCGACGAGCGAACUACUAUGAGAGCGAAACCAAUAAUUUCCUGUUGCUUACGCUUCGUACCGAAUAACGAGAACUUAGGUAAGAAGACGAAAUAAUUACUAAGUAAUUGAAAGCUGCGGCCUCGAUGUAAUGUGAUAUUUUUGUAUAUACUGUAAGUCCCACUUAUUUUCAUAUACAUUUAAAUGGAUUCCUUUCUAACCGAACGAAGCGAUGACGUUGGUGAUAGGGUGGUUAUCUGUUAUCAGAGUGCACACCUAUAGACAGCUCAGACGUGCGAUCCGGCCUCGACACUUCGGCAUCUGUCACGCUCGAGUGUCGAUAACUCGCCACGGCCGCAUCGUACGUUCGCAGCACUAUAAUCAUAAUAAUAGGUACUUAUGUAAAUAUCGAUAGUUACGAUUUACUUAUCGAUUUAGUGACAACACUUAAAGAAUAGUCAUCUAUAAGAAUCGUUUAACCACUAUAGAGAUGCAUUAAACUCGAAGGGUACUAAACUAUGUUUAAUUGUAUAUAAUUAUUGUGACUUCAUUGAAUGCUAUUUAUUAAUUUGUAUCAUUUGCGUAAUGGUCGAUCAUUUGUGUAUACUUAGGUACAUAUCAUGAAUUUGUAUUGUGUAUUUCGUAAGGCAACGAUUGUGUACAAUUUCGGUUUUGUGCGAGUAGCAAACGAACUUCCCAAGCAAACAGAAUGUGAUAAUAAUUCAUAAUAAGUAUAUAUUUUUUUAAUCAUCGAACCAAAGUUGUCGAUACAAUAUAAAAAAUAUAACAUAUCGUUUAUAAUAUUUUAUUUCAUAACAAACAAAUAUGUAUUUUACAAUUAUCAGAAUUAAUUCGAUUCGAUUCGAAAAAUAUAUAUCGUAUUUCGUGUAAUCAAAUGCUUCAUUUAAGUUUGUUUGUUACUCGCACAAAUGUGAUAGCUUCUUGCUAUAAUAAUAUAUGUAUUAUUUGCUAAUUAGGAACAUAAACAUUAUCAUUGGACGCGGUUAUGAACCUCAGCAGAAUCGUACAUUGUCACGUUUUUGUAUAGUUAUUUUAAUGGCUGAACCAAAGCGAUUAUAAUAUGAAAAAAAAGAUUUUUUGCCACCACUUGUUAUGCUGCUACACAAAUUGAUUUAAUAUAAUAUUUUCCUUUGUAAUAAACCCAGCUUACUUUGAAUGGUGAAUAUUGAAGACAAUAAAGGAAGAUUUAUACCUAUUAUUAAUAACGAAACGACGAGUCGAACGAUAUCUAAAAGUAACUUAUUUAGUGUAAGCAAUUUAUGGCCACGAUGUAUUGCCUAAUUUGAGGUUUUACGUAAAGAACGUCCCUAAUUGUUGCAUUCGGAUACAUUAGCCAUUGGUAGAGAUUUUAGAAUGUUAUUGACUUUAUAUUUCACGUGUUUCAAUAAUAUUUUUUUUAAAUGCUAGUAAUGGUGUCUAUAUAUUUAUUUCUUUUUAGAUAGUUUAAUUAUAUUUUAUAGUUUCACAACAAAAAGUGUUUUUUGUGUGUUGUAAGCUUUAUAUUUUUUUAACUUUCCUAUCUAUACUUUCUAUACUUUACAUUAGGCAAUAGGUGCUUCUUUCGUCUCCAUAUAAACUCAUUCGUAGAAAGUUUAAUGACAGGAAAACAGUUCAAAUGUGUGUAUCCGAACGUAACAAUUAAAACCCCUAAUUACUAGUUAUUUACGUGAUACAAAUUAUUGGAUCUUUAAAAAUAUAAAGUAUGUAACAACAUGUAUAAUAUUUUUCUCGAAUAGCGUUGUUCCAAAUAAAGAAUAAAUAUUUUUUUCAAACGACCAAUACGUUAUACCAUGUCAUUCAUUAGUUUCCAUCGUCACAUGUAAAAAAAUGUGUGUGUAUAUGGAAUGUAUUUAUAUAAUCGUAGUCUCCGAAGUACUGUGACGGUAACUACCACGAUGGCGGACGAAUGUGGAAUAAAUAUUGUUGGCCCUGGGUGCAAUUGGUACGAUUUAACCUAAGAAAUAGGAUACUUGCGAUAGGUAGGUACUUCGAUCAGUACAAAAUCUGUAGAGUUACAAUUAUUAUCUACUAUUACAGAUGGGUUCAAUAAACGAUUCCGUUCCCAA